AUGCUCAAAGAAGAAAAGGAGAAGCAGAAGGCAACAACAAUGAACAGGGGGUGGGGAAUGUACAGGAUAAGGAGACUAAUACUGGAAAGCAAAAAGAAACAGAGGCCAAGAAAACUAAUGAAACAGGAGUGGCGACUAAACAAAACAAUCAGAUUGAGGGAAAGCAAGGAGUACAAGGAGCAAGGGAGCCAGGACAUGGUAGGGGUGGGGGAAACCCCCAUCCUAAUGGAUAAUAUAGGCUUUUGGAAUACCAGAGGACUAAAUAACCCAGCCAAGCAAAGGGAGAUACAGAUUUUCAUGCAUAAUGCUAGGGUGGGGGUAUUUGGUCUUCUGGAAACAAAGGUGAAGAGAGCAAAAGCCCAACAAGUCUCUCUUCACCUAUGUCAAGGCUGGGCAUUCAACACAAAUUUAUCACAACAUCCAAAGGGGGGGAUAUGGCUACUAUGGAAUCCAAUGAUUUAUGGAGUCAAUAUUAUAAGAGUAACAGCACAGCUUAUACACUGUGAAAUACAAUAUAGAGGGACUGGACACACAUUUCAUGUGACUAUGAUAUAUGCUUUCAAUGAUGCAACAUUAAGAAGGGAGUUAUGGCAAACACUUAAGGAAAUAAAUGGACAGAUUAAAGGCCCGUGGGCAAUAAUGGGGGACUUUAACUGUGUUCUGCAGAAGGAGGAAAGAAUAGGCAGCCCAGUCACUAUGGCAGAAAUACGAGACUUCAAGAAAUAUGUUGAGGAAUGUGAACUGAAGAAUCUCAAAUCUACAGGAGCGUUUUUCACAUGGACAAAUAAACAAAGUGGAGGGGACAAGGGAAACAAAGGGCAGAAGAAGAUGUUUAAAUACUACAACAUGUGGAGUAUGGCAACAGAUUUCAAGGAGAAAAUUAGACCUGGUUGGAAGACAGAAAAGAAAGGCACCAAAAUGUAUGAACUAGUAGGGAAGCUGCAUAGAAUUAAGCAUACACUACAGCAACUGAACAAGGACAAGUUCAAUGAAGUCGAGAGGAAAGCAGAUGAAGCAAUGAUGAGACUGCAAAAUUGCCAAGAAAACAUUCAAAAAGAUCCUUAUAACACUGUGCUGAUAGAAGAGGAAAUGAAUCUAUCCCAGGAAUGCAGAUCAUGGUGCAAGGCUAGAGAGCAAUAUUUGAGGCAAAAGUCCAAAAUACAGUGGUUGAAGCAAGGAGAUAUGAACACAAAAAAUUUUCAUAGCAUGAUGAAGGCAAGGAGAAACUCCAACAGAAUCCUAGCUGUUGACAAUACAGAAGGACAACAUGUUACUGACCUAGAAGAGAUAGCUAAAACAUUUAUAGUAUUUUAUGAAGGCUUGCUGGGAACUAAACAACAGGAAAUAGAUUAG